UUUUCUUUACUCAUUUGAUCUGAAUGAUAAUGAAGAGUUAUUAAGUAGAUUACAACAAGGAAAACAACAAGGGAGGUUCGCUGAACUUCGCGGAAUGAGUCAUGGACUUUUCGGUCCAACUUAUGGAUUUGGACCUGAUCUAAUGAUUUUCUUAGGAGAAACAUGGAAUUAUGGCCGUUGCCGUAAAACAGAAUCAUACGAAUAUGGUUUGCUUGGAGGCGAGAAUGAAAAGAUUAGAUUUGAAUUUGAUGAAAUUGAAAUAUUUCAAAUCAUUAAAUGA